AUGGAGAGUCUUGAAUUGGACUCGACGCAUGAUCUAUUGAAUAGAUAUAAGACGAAAGACGGUAAAAAUGAUGACAUUACGAUUUACUCAGAUGAAGAGUCGAUAUUUAAUUCACCAAGCAUAGAAUUAGGUCGAUCAGCUGUAAAGAAUGCCAAAGGAUCUUCUCCAUUUAAGAGAUUUGAUAUGGGUAGAAGUAACAGUUUGUCCCCCAGUAAGAAAGUACGAAACGACUACCAGGAUCAUUUGCACAGGAUGAGAGGAACCAGUAACACUGGGAGCCCAUUGAAACGCAAUAACUACGAUUUAAGUGAAUAUAACGAUUUUGAUGAUAUAAAAGGAAUGUCGGGGUUGAAUAUUGAUAGCCUAAGUGGAUCAGAUAGCACAAUGGACAAGGAAAUACAGAGGAUAUUGGAUAUGUCUUCGCUCAAACUUCCGAAGUUACAGGAUGACCACGGGAAAGAUAAGACGGAAUUACUUAUCAAAGAGACACACAAGCUAAUAAGCACGGUUCCUGCUUCGAUAACAAGUAGUAAAGAGGGCGAAGCGUAUCAGAAAAUGCUCACGACUUCCAUAAAUAAGUUGAUCAAACAGGUUGAAACUAUGAAACGAGACGUUGACAAGAAGGAUAGCGACGCUAAAUCCAACCGAAUUCAACUUUCUAACCUUGAGAUGAAAAUGGGGCUUUAUCAACGAGAAAACAGUGACUUGAAAAAGGAGCUUAAUCAGGCCAAGAGAAGAUCUGUUACACCCCAGAACGACACGCGUGAGAACGAUCUUUUGAGAACUAAGCUCAUAAAAUAUAGAAAUUUGUACACCGAAUCAGAGAGGGAGAACCAGGAGUUGAAGUCGAAGCUAUCCGGCGGGAAUGAAUCGGCAAGACAACAAACACCGGUGCUGGAAGCCAGACCUACGAGUCAAGCAAAAUCUGUUGAUAUACCUUCUGCAAUGGCAACACCCAUUGCAAGUGUCGCUUUGCUGCAAGAUGCUUAUAAACACCGGCUUAUAGAACUACAGAAUCAAUUAUCAGAUAUUAUUAACGACGUUAAGGACGAACCACUACAGCCAGAAGUACAACCAAUGGAUGUCCCAAAGCAGCCACCUCACCAAGUGGCAGAGUCGAACGAGAUACAAGAUUCAUAUUCGCAGCCAAGUUUGCGCAUGCUUGCUAUUUUUGAAGAUCUAGUCCGGGCGAUGAAGAACGAAUCAAUCGAGAGCAAGCCCUUGGAAAAACAGUAUAUAGAAAGGCAAUCGCUACCAAAAGAAACCCCCCCUAACGAGCCGAUGGAAAAAGAGUCGGAGAAAGACCAAGCCAAUCCAAACGACCCCGUUUUGGAGAAAAUUUUGACUUCAAUCGACAAAAACAACCAGAUGUACAACAAGCUACUCGAAGUAUUCAAUUCAAACACCAAGGAGCAACAGGUCCAUAUUAAUGAGCCAAUUGUAUCCCCGAAAUUGGAGGAAGACCACCACAUCGACCCCAGGGAACGCGAAAAGGACAUUGUAUUCCAAUGCUAUGUCUGCUGCCCACAGAACCACAAAUUCCACGCCAAAAGACCGUGCAAGCGAUGUUCGGCCGCAUCUUCCGAAGCCUCUGGUUCUGCUGGCAAUUCCGCUACCCAUUCAGCCACCCAUUCAGCUGGAAACUCUGCGUCUGACUCCACGUCCAACCCCCAAGUCCGCGAUUCUGUCCCAAACCACAUGGCCGACUUUUCUGACUCCAAAGACAACAAGACCAUAAACCUCAUGGGUGAAUACAAGUGGACAAUAUAG